AUGGAAGGAAAUAGCUUAAUAAAUAUCAAUUUUGAAGCAUUUUCAACCAAUGAACAACUAUCCAUCGCAAAGUUCUCCUAUAAUCGUCUACAGUUUAGUAAUUCAUUCAAUAUGUUUUCACCUUUUUAUAGCAAUCAUCUUCUUAAGGAAUUGCAUUUAUCGAACAAUACAAUUAAACAUUUUUAUUCUGAUUGGACUACAAAUAAACAAAAAUUAGAAUUAUUGGAUCUGCGUCACAACGACAUAAGUACAAUAUCGGCGAAUAAUUUUAUUUUUUCGUCUAAUAAAGUUCUAGUAGAUCUAAGAUAUAACAACAUAAGUAAUAUUUUACUAACAAAUAUCGAAAAGUUGGUAACAUAUAAUACUGUAAAACGUAAUGUUAUUGUUCGCGUCGAGAACAAUCCUGUAUUAUGCGAUUGUCACCUAUAUAACCUUUUGCGUUAUUAUAACGGUGAUAUGCCCAUUAAUGUUUAUAAUUUGUUUGAACUUAAAUUGGGAAACUUAACGUGUGUGAAACCUAAUGAAAAGGACGGUCUGCAAUUUAAUCUGAUGUAUUUUAAAACUUACCAGUGUCCCGAGGAUGAAUACUUUCAAAUUGUAGAUAGGCAUCCAAGUUUAUGUACUUCUAUGAUAAGACCGUAUGAUCAAACACGAAUUAUAGAUUGUUCGAACAAAUUGAAGCCUGAAUUAAAAAUCAACAAGAAUACAAUAAAUUUGGAGGGAAAUUAUCCAUUAAUAUUGAAUCUCACAGGGAAUUAUUUAAGGGAAAUACCAUCACUUGAUUACAUAGAAUCUCUUAACUUAACACAUUUAUUGUUAUCUAACAACUAUAUUUUUGAAAUAUCGCUGAACAGAUUACCAAAAACUAUUCAAGUAUUAGAAUUACAUAAUAAUAAUCUAUUAAGUAUGAGUUACAACGUAAGUGAAUUCUUGUUUCAUCAAAAUUACAAAGAAUUAACUUUAAGUGGGAAUCCAUUUGUAUGUGGUUGUGAUGAUAGAUUUAUAUAUGUAUUUGUUUUACAAUUGCAAUCUAUUCAUGAAGAUCUAAAAAAUGUGAAGUGUCAAGCCUACGACACUCCUUUAGGUAGUAUGACCGUUGAUGAAUUGUGUUUAUCCACUGAUCCAAGUUAG